AUGAGGAACAUUGUGGUGCUUGGCGGAACUUCGCAUCCGCAGCUGACAGAGACCAUCUGCAACCACCUCGGCAUACCCAAGGCCAAGGUGCUGCUGGACAAGUUCAAGGGCGGCGAGACGAGGGUCGAGAUCCAGGAGAGCGUGCGAGGAAAGGACGUCUUCAUCAUCCAGUCGGGUGGUGGUAAAGUCAACGACCAUUUGAUGGAACUUCUCAUCACCAUCUCUGCAUGCCGAACCGCCUCUGCGAAGCGCAUCACCGCCGUGCUCCCCCUCUUCCCCUACUCGCGCCAGUCGGACAUUCCCUACAACAAGACGGGCGCCCCGCUGGCCAAGGUCCCUGGCCGCUCCAGGACCGGCACCUACUCGCUCGACUCGCACCCCCAGACGCCGCACCCAGGCCAGCCUGAGAGCGCCGGUCUCACAAAUGGCUCUGCAGCGCUGCACCACCAGCUCAGCAAGGUGAAGCUCGACGAGCGCAACGGCAUCACCUCGAAUCCUGCAAGCCCUGUCAAGACCAACGGCGUCAAGGGAGACAAGACUGCCUACUUCAACGGCGACCACGGCACCAACGGCACCAACGGCACCAGCGGCACGCAGACGCCUGGCACUCUGACUCGCCAAGCCACCAUUACCAAGCCCCCAGCCUUUGAGCCUCAGGUCGGAUACCGCCAAUGGGUCGCUCAGGCCGGUACUUUGAUUGCGGACCUUCUCACUUGCGCCGGCGCCGACCAUGUCAUUACGAUGGAUCUCCAUGACCCGCAAUACCAGGGAUUCUUCGAUAUCCCCGUAGACAACCUCUACGGCCGUCACCUUCUCCGCAAAUACAUCCAGUUCAACAUCCCCAACUACCAGCAAGCCGUGGUCGUCUCCCCUGACGCUGGUGGUGCCAAGCGAGCCACGGCCAUUGCUGAUGCCCUCGGCAUGCCCUUUGCCCUUAUCCACAAGGAGCGCCGCCCUACGCAGAUAAGCGACCGCCAGAAUGCGACCAUGAUGCUGGUCGGAGACGUGUCAGACCGUACAACAAUUCUCAUUGACGAUUUAGCCGACACGUCGAAUACCGUUACGCGCGCGGCAAAGCUAUUGAAGAAGGAAGGCGCUACCCAGGUCAUUGCGCUGAUUACGCACGGCAUCCUCAGCGGAGAUGCUAUUGAGCGCAUCAACGCCAGUGCGCUGGACAAGGUCAUUGUGACCAACACGGUGCCUCAGGACGAGCACAAGUCGAGGUGCCCCAAGCUGGAGGUCCUGGAAGUGGGCAAUGUCUUCGCCGAGGCCAUUCGCCGCGUCCACCACGGCGAGAGCAUCAGCGUGCUGUUCGAUUACAGUUAG